AUGGCCGUGUUCGCUCAGUACGACUACCUCUUCGCGGUAGGCACAAUCUUUGCCUUCCUCGACGCAUGGAACAUUGGUGCCAACGAUGUGGCCAACUCAUGGGCCUCGUCGGUUUCUUCCCGUUCCAUCAGCUACUUCCAGGCCAUGAUUGGCGCCAGUAUCAUGGAGUUCAGCGGUGCUCUCGGCGUUGGUGGCCGAGUUGCUGAUACUAUCCGAACAAAGGUUGUCGAUGUCGAGGCCUUUGAUGAGAGCCCUGCUCUUCUCAUGCUGGGCAUGGUUUGCGCUGUUAUUGCCUCUGCUAGCUACCUCACCUUUGCUACUCGCUUUGGUUUCCCCGUUUCUACUACUCACUCUAUCCUUGGUGGUGUCCUGGGUAUGGGUGUUGGUGCCCUUGGUGGCUCUGGUAUCACCUGGAUUGGCUACAAGGAGAACGGUUCUGUCGAUAUCCAGCAGGGUGUUGUUCAGGUCUUUCUCGCCUGGAUCAUCGCUCCCAUGCUCUCGGGUAUCUUUGGCGCUCUUAUCUUCCUCUUCACCAAGUACGGCGUCCUCCUCCGCAAUAACCCCGCCAUGAAGGGUCUCAUCCUCGUCCCCUUCUACUUUUGGCUCACUGCCUCCCUGAUUGUCAUGCUUCUCAUCUGGAAGGGUGGCUCUUACGAGGUCAACCUCACCGAGGCCCAGAUUCCCGGCGUCAUUGUCGCUGCUGGUGCUGCUUGGGGUCUCCUCAUGGCUCUUACUCUUGUUCCUUGGCUGUACCGCGUCGUCAUAAAGGAGGAUUGGCAGCUCAAGGCCUACCAUAUCUUCCUCGGUCCCCUCCUCCUCCGCCGUGGUCCCGUUCCUCCUGCCCCCGAGAACUUCCAGGGAGUUGUUCGCAACUUCUACGAGGGACAUCUCACUCGUGAGGAGCUCGAGGCCCGUCGCGCCCAGCGUGCUUCCGAGGUCAACGAGGACCUUGAGGCCAACCACGAGAAGAAGGUUGCCACUGACAACGCUUCCGAGGAAACCCCUCAGCCCACCAACACCUUCCAGCACAAGUCUCUUGUCGGCCCCAAGCCCGAUGGUCCCUGGUACACUGGUGCUUUCCUGUGGUGGGCCGUCAAGUUUGCCGUCUUGCACGGUGUUGAUAAGGAUAUUGUCAGCUCUCAAAGCGAGAAGUCUGUCGUUGCUGGUGACGUCGAGGAGAUCCAUGCCCGCGCCGCUCACUACGACAACCGCACCGAGUUCCUCUAUACAUUCCUCCAGAUCAUGACUGCCGCUUCUGCCUCUUUUGUCCACGGUGCCAAUGACGUUGCCAACGCUGUCGGUCCUUAUGCCUCCAUCUACCAGAUCUGGCAGUCUGGUGAGGUUCCCGGAAAGAAGGCCCAGGUUCCUCUCUGGAUUCUCGCCUUUGGUGGUGCCGGUAUUGUCCUUGGUCUCUGGACUUAUGGCUAUAACAUCAUGCGUAACCUUGGUAACCGUGUCACUCUCAUGUCUCCUGCCCGUGGCUUCUCUAUGGAGCUUGGCUCGGUCAUCACUAUCAUCCUGGCCACUCGUCUUAAGCUGCCCGUCUCUACCACUCAGUGCAUCACUGGUGCCAUCGUCGGUGUUGGUCUCUGCAACGGCGACUGGCGAUCCAUCAACUGGCGCAUGGUUGGCUGGAUCUACAUGGGUUGGUUUAUCACUGUGCCUACUGCUGGUCUCAUCUCGGGUAUCCUCAUGGCCUUUAUCACCAACGCCCCCAACUGGAGUUAA